AAGGCAGUUCAUCAUUGAAUUCAGUGAUGUCAUCUCUGUUCGGUUAAAUAGUGUCUGUGCAUUUAUUUGCAAUCAGGUCAACGAUAUUGCUGUACAUUCAAUUCAAUUCAAUUCAAGUUUAUUUGUAUAGCGCUUUUUACAAAAUAAAUCGUUACAAAGCAACUUUACAGAAAAUUAUGUUUCUACAAUAUUUAGUAGUAGCUAGUAGUUUGUGCACAUUUGACAGGAUUUUAGAAAAAAAAUAAAUAAUAAUAAUACAAGACGUAGUCAGCUAGACUAUGAACUAUCAAUAUUAUUAAUUAAGUUAUUAUAUGAUUCAGUCACACAUUUAGCAAUAUUUGUUAGUUCUGUUUGUUGAUUCAGGGUUAGCAUCAUCUGAGGUCCUCUGAGGGUCAGCAUCAUCUCUUCUCAGGUGUUCUGGAUCCAGACUGGAGCUUGUGUAAAUCCUAGUUACCACGGGAUGUAAAUCCCGUGUCGAAACAUAGAAACAAAAUACAGACAUCAUUAGCAUAGCUGCUGAUCCAACAAAGUAAAAUUAGUUUAACCCAAGUUAAUGAAUAAAAAUGCACCUUUGAACAGAUGCAACUACACUCACAAUUAAAAAGAUACAUUAUUCGAAUGCUUGGCGAAAGAGAUGUGUUUUUAAUCUAGAUUUAAACAGAGAGAGUGUGUCUGAACCCCGAACAUUAUCAGGGAGGCUAUUCCAGAGUUUGGGAGCCAAAUGUGAGAAAGCUCUACCUCCUUUAGUGGACUUUGCUAUCCUAGGAACGACCAAAAGUCCAGCGUUUCGUGACCUUAGGGUGCGUGAUGGGUUGUAGCGUGGUAGAAGGUUAGUUAGGUACGCUGGAGCUAAACCAUUUAGGGCCUUAUAGGUAAGUAAUGAUAAUUUGUAACUGAUACGGAACUUAAUAGGUAGCCAGUGCAGAGACUGUAAAAUUGGGGUAAUAUGAUCAUAUUUUCUUGACCUCGUAAGGACUCUAGCUGCUGCAUUUUGGACAUGAAGUGACCCCAACUAAGCAAGCCAGAGGCGACAGCGGCAAGGAACCGAACUCCAUCGGUGACAGAAUGGAGAAAAAAACCUUGGGAGAACCCAGGCUCAGUUUGGGGGCCAGUUCUCCUCUGACCAGACGAAACCAGUAGUUCAAUUCCAGGCUGCAGCAAAGUCAGAUUGUGCAGAAGAAUCAUCUGUUUCCUGUGGUCUUGUCCUGGUGGUCCUCUGAGACAAGGUCUUUACAGGGGAUCUGUAUCUGGGGCUCUAGUUGUCCUGGUCUCCGCUGUCUUUCAGGGAUGUAGAGGUCCUUUCUAGGUGCUGAUCCACCAUCUGGUCUGGAUACGUACUGGAUCCGGGUGACUGCAGUGAUCCUCUGAUCUGGAUACAGACUGGAUCUGGUGGCUACGGUGACCUCGGAUUAAGAGAGAAACAGACAAAUAUUAGCGUAGAUGCCAUUCUUCUAAUGAUGUAGCAAGUACAUGGGGUGUUUUGGGAAGUGUUCCCGAUUCCGGUUUACCUAAUUAAUGCAGCCUAAAAAUCCUUUAACGGAUUUGGAUAUUAAAUUAUUAGCAUUAUUGCCAUUUGCAGAAAAUCCAUCGCUCCCGGUAAGAAACAACCAAACAGAGCUGCGGUCCGUAACUUUGUUUGUGUUCAAAAUGUAGAAAAAUGUAUAUAAUAAGCGAGUACACCAUGAAUCCAUUUUCCAAACCGUGUUUUUAGCUUGUCCUGAAUCACUAGGGUGCACCUAUAAUAAGUGUUUAUAUUCGGACUAUUUUAGAUUGCUUCGGGGGUACCGCGGCGGAGUAACCCAGUACCUUUGUGAUUCUUCAUAGAGAUAAACAGAAGGAAGUAGUUCCGGCUACGAUGUUCUUCCGCAAGACGCAAGCAGUUCUGUUUAUUAGUUCCCUACCGCAGCUUUAAUGCAAUAAAUGUUAUAAAUGCUUCACUUUAUUCCAAAUGCGCCUUCUACUUUUCUCUGGGCAAUGAGCGAUGCCCAUUCGCGAAUGAUUCAUUCUUUUGAGUCAAUUCUGUUCAAAGGCUUGAUCAAGCCAAUUGGCAAACGAGUGAAUUGGUUCAUGAAUCAGUUUGAAUGAGUCGUUCAGUACUUUUACUUUUACUUGAGUAAAUAUUUCUAGAAUUACUUUUACUUUUACUUGAGUAAAGUUUUUGGGUACUCUACCCACCUCUGCUCCUAGGCCUCAUUGUUCAUUAAUGAGCUUACAAACCUCAUUUUUUAAAUUAAUAUUGCCUACAUAGCAUUGUGUCCAAAGUUUUUUUUUUCCCAAAUGAACAAACUUUCAGACUGCAAACCUUGUUGCAUACAUUUUUUUCUUUUACAUUUACAUUUAUUCAUUUAGCAGACGCUUUCAUUCAAACCAACUUACAAUGCACUCUCAGAAAAAAAAGUUCAAAAAGCUGUCACUGGGUUUGUUACCUUUUUUACCCCUAAAAGAUGCAUAUUGUUACCUUAAACACAUAAGUACCUUAGUACCUAAAAUGUAAAUACCAGUACCUAAAAGGUACAUACAGUCAAACCAAAAUUUAUUCAGACACCUUCAACAUCUCACACAUUAUCAGUUUAUUCAAUGUAGUUUAGAAAAUGGUAAUAAAAUAUGACAAUACAUUUUGUCAUCAAUUUAAUUUGUAGUCCACUGUAUGAAAGAUUUUUAAGUAUAAUAUGUAACAGUGUAUCUUAUUUUGCUAUACUCACAUUUAUAAAUUAACUAUAAUUUCUAAACACACCUUUUUUUCUGAGGAGUGAGGAAUUGAGUGAUGACUGUGCUGUGAGAAUAUAGCAUGUGUUAUAUGACUAAUAGUAAUGUCACCAGCUCAUUAUGCAAACUUGCAUGGAGACACUAAAUGUGUUUUGAAUGCAAAAUGGGUUUAUGUCGCUGGAAAAACACACAAAAGAAGAUUACCUUGCUCAGAGAGUGGAAGACCUGUGAUCUUGAAGCAUCAGGUAAGUCAUCAGGUUUACAUAACAGAAUGUUAUGUUAAUACUGUACCAAUAAAUAUGUUUGUGAUAUGUCUGUUGUGGUUGAAAAUCCACUAUGGGAUUUCAGAAAUAAUAUCUGUCUGAUUUGAAUUUUGAAUUACUCGGCUGUGUCAAUAAGUUAACGAUAAACUUGAUAAUUAUGCAUGGGUUAUGUUUGUGACUUUAUAAUCCAUGUUCACUUUUAUAGCACUUUUAUAACAUUGUAACAUUGAAUCAGUCAGUUUAGUUUGAAUCAAUUCUAUUAUUUAAUAUGACUGAAUCAAAAAUAAAUAUCUCCUACACGUAAGAACUGCACAGCUUCAUAUUCCUCCCAAACAUACCAACAAUCCAUAUUAUCAUGUUUCAGCACAGGAGCCAUAAAAGAAAACAACAAUAAAAAAAAAAUGUAUGUAUCAGAUGUAUUCAUCUCUUUUUUUCUAGCUUGGUUGAACACCAGUAGCUGCUUAAAUCAACUGUCCUGAAAACCACAGAGAGUGCGUGAUGCUGUUUCAUCUUAUCUUCAUGUCACUGGUUUGCUCGGGGCUGUCAGUGGAGAGUUAUGGAAGAGAUUUCAUCACGGCAUUCCCAGAAAACACUGCCUACUACAAUCCACAGGAGUCCUACAACACGCUCCAAAUUACUGCUUUCUACAACGACACCCUCGUCGAAAUCACCAUCAACUACACAAAAGUGUUUUAUGAUAAACUACGAUCUGGGCAGACUAAAAUUGUGCAUUUUCCCAAGUACAACGAGCAAUUUCAGUUCACAAACUUCCCUCUUUUUGCCAGAGUCAACAGCACCCAAAAGAUCGUGGUGCUUUGGCUCAGUCAGCGCGGGAGCAGCGUGCAGUCUAAUGUCGUUCAACCUGUUACAAAUCUCGGAAAGUGGUAUUCAAUCUCAUUUAUCAAUUACAAUCAGAUGAUGGCAUCCUUGUACAAUAUGUCAGAUCAGUUAGCUCCGGACAGCUGGAGAUACAAUUCGUUCAGGCUGAUCAUUAUCAAUGCUGAGAAAUCUGAUAACUUAAUCACCGUCCAAAGUAUCAGUCCGGAUGGUCCAAAAGCAUUUAAUAUUACGCUCAGGCCUUACAAACUUUACCAGUUCCAAACUAAUGGCUCGGAGAUUCAGCUGGACUCUUCUGGAAAGGUGGCUGUGCUGUUAACCCACCCGUGUGUAGAAACUGCAGGAUGUGAUUGUAAUAUGGUGCUGAGCCACGUUCUCCCCCGAAAUCUGUGGGGUGACACGUUUCUUGUGCCGUCUGUGAAGAACCUGAAUAAAGCCUGGCUGCAAGUGACUAACACAACGGAAGUAAGGCUCAAAGGCGUGAAUAUAAAAACUCAGCAGUUCAAAUCUUCAGAGCUCAUUCCCUUCCCAGAGCUCAAGAGUGCGUCUCGGUUAAUCAGUUCAACAAAUAAGGUGUCCAUCAGACUUAUUAGUCCAGGUUUUGUCUUAGAACUCAUACCAGAAACCAUGUUCGCUGCUUGUUACCUGGUUCAGAUGAACUCGACAGAAGGUGAGGUCGUUAUCAUCGCUGAAACAGCCCAUAAGAACAAUGUGUCUAUAGAUGGCAAAUUACUUCAGUUCACUAACUGGAAACCCAUUCCCUAUUCAAACUACUCUUCAAUAUCUGUGUCGCUUAGUGGCACGCAUGUCAUCUGGCAUCCAACCUCCAAGAUUGGAGUGUACAUGUUUGAGACGAUGGAAGGUGGAAUUCCUUACGGAAGCCCAGCUGUCAUUUUAAAUGAUGAACCAGAUCGUGAUGGCUGUGUGGCAGAUUCUACAAAUUAUAUGACCAACUUUCUGCAAAACAACAUUGGUCCUGGGUAUCUGUGGAUCGGUCUGCGGCGCAGUCUGUUCACGUCAGAGUGGUACUGGCUGAAAGGCAAUGACAGCAAAUAUAGCGUGAGCUUCACGAAGUGGGCCAAUGGGCAUCCAGAUAUUCCCCAGAAAGCGUUGUGCGCUGCUGUGUCCAAAGAUUCCAACAAGGAGUUUUCCUGGAAGAGUGUGUCCUGUUGCUCUAAGCUUAGGCCCAUCUGCUACAAACAGGGCAAAUAUUUCAGUGAUAUUACCUUUAAUACACUAUAUGAUAAUUUUUAGAAUUACUUACCCAAUGGUGUGUCCUUCUUGUCCAAAUUCUUGGCCUUUUAAUUAAAGUUAAUAUCUGAAAAAAUUAAUUAUAUUUUACAAUAGUUUAAUCAUGAAACUUAGGAAAAUUAAUCAAAUUGCUUAAUUAUAAAAAAGAUAAUUGUCUAUUACUGUUAUUGUUUUUUUGUAUUUAUGUGAAUAAUAUAAAGCAAUAUUAACAUUUCAAAAUAUGUGGAUCUUCUGAAAACACAAUUAAAGUAUAUAUAUAUAUAUAUAUAUAUAUAUAUAUGUAUGUAUAUAUACGUGUGUGUGUGUGUGUGUGAGAGAGAGAGUGAGAGAGAGAGAGAGCUAUAUAUAAUAAUAUAACAACUAUUGAAACUUUGUCUGAUGUAAUGCAUGAUGAUCUAAAGUGAAGGCAAAUAAUGUGAAAUGAGCUCCUGUUGUAGGAGAAUACAAGCAUAUGUCACAAGAUCACAGUGCUCUAAAAAAAGUCCCACAAACGUAUCCCCACAAACGGGUCAUGGGGAAAGUCACUAUAAAAGAUGUCUGUCGGUCAUCAGCUCCAGUGGUCUAAAUGGUAGAGUGUGAAUCAUAGUGUCAUUGCUGCCUCAAAGUUUCUAUUUUCUGUCACAAAGGGAGUUGAUGUAUAUUUCCACUAGAUGGCGCUUGUGUACUUCAGCACUAAUUUACUUAACCUACUUUUGAUUAGUUCAAAUUGUAUAAUUUUAUAUUAUGCUUAUUUUUCUAUGUUUAUUGUGAUUUCUAUAAUCAACUGUUUCUUUCUAAGACUUUCUUGAUUAUAUUUUAUUUUAUUCCCAACAUGCUUUUGUAGUUCACUUCCUGUUUUGUCAUUCACACGAAGAGAUGGAACGAUGUAAUUAAUCAUUGCAAAAUUAAAAGGUGUUUUUCUCUAUA